GUGCGGGCCUUGGGCUCGGCCGCGCCGGGCGGGAGGCAGAGCCAAGGGGCCGAGCCGGGGUCACAGUGCAGACAUGCUUUCAGAACAGACUGUAGCCCUGGGCACAGGAUGGGAGCCAAUGAAUGUACAGCUGGAUGCGGCAGAACCCCAGUCAGAAAGAGGAAUCUGGGAAGAAGGCCCAUGGAGAACAUCACCAAGGCCACUGGAGCACCUUCACUGUGGUCUUGAAGAUGAGUCACUGUCCCUUCAGGAGAAGGCUCCUUCUGCUCCUUGGGUCCCUGCUGUACCCCAGGAGGGGAGCACUGGAGACUGGGAAAUGGCAGCCGCACUUCUUGCAGCUGGAUCCCAGGGCCUAGUAACUAUCAAGGAUGUGUCCUUGUGCUUCUCCCAGGAGGAGUGGCGCAGCCUGGACCCCUCUCAGACUGACUUCUACGGAGAAUAUGUCAUGCAGGAAAACUGCGGGAUCGUCGUCUCUCUGAGGUUUCCCAUCCCCAAACUGGACAUGCUUUCUCAGCUAGAGGGAGGAGAAGAACAGCGGGACCCUGGCCCCCAAGACGCAGAAGGGAGGGACAUCCUGAAGGUCACAUAUACAGGAGAUGGAGGUGAACCCAAGGGCGACACUCCUGAGCUAGAGGCAGAACCUCCCAGAACAGUAUCCAGGGUGUCUGAAGAUACAGCUGUCUGGAACCCAGGCCAGGGUCCAAGCUGGGAGUCCACACCCAGGAGCUCCACAGGAACGCUCCUAAGCCCACGUUUUCUUCAGGAAGACAGCGUCUCUCACCUUCUACGUGGCACCAACACGGAUUCUCUCUUAAAACCACAUAGGUGCCUUCAGUGUGGGAAACAGUUUGUGUGGGGCUCCCACCUUGCCCGCCAUCAGCAGACUCACACUGGAGAGAGGCCCUUCAGCUGCCUCAAGUGUGGGAAAAGCUUUGGACGAAGGCAUCACCUGAUCAGGCACCAGAAGACCCAUCUGCAUGACAAGCCAAGCAGGUGCUCCGAGUGUGGCAAGAGUUUCCGAUGCAGCUCCCACCUGGCCAGCCACCAGAGAGUGCAUGCGGACAGCAAGUCCUGCAGCAAGGGCCAGGAGAGUGGAGGGAGUCCUGGGGCUCAGCGUGCCCUGCCAGUGCCAAAGUGCCAUGUGUGCACUGAAUGUGGGAAGAGCUUUGGCCGAAGGCACCACCUGGUGAGACACUGGCUGACCCACACUGGGGAGAAGCCCUUCCACUGUCCUCGCUGUGAGAAGAGCUUUGGCCGCAAGCACCACCUGGACAGGCACCUGCUGACCCACCAGGGACAGAGUCCUGGGAGCAGCUGGGACAGAGGAACAUCUACCUUUUGAAAGCUGUCUCUUCUGUAGCUGUGGUCAUAUCUGUCAGCCAGUGCUACCAGCAGCCACUGCCAGAGCUGCCCCCCUCCUGUACCCUGAGGGCCGGAGCAUUUCUCACCACUUCUGUGAGACAGCAUGAGAAAACAGAGUUCUCUGGGCAAAACUGUGGGAAAUGGUACAAAAUACGUGUGUGGCUAUUCAUCCUGAAUACUUUCAAGGGUACAGCGGAACCAGCAGUGAUAGUUGAGGUCCAUCCUCAUUGGUUGGAGUCUAUGUGGUACCAAUUCUUAAAUAUUUACUCUACAGUGAAAGAAAGUGAAAGAGGCCAUGUUCGUAUAUGAAGGGCUCUGAGAACCUCCACAGCAGAUUUCUGUUCAUGUAAAGUUUCUUAAAUUUCUUUGGCUCUGGGAUCUAUAUCCCACAGAA